UAGGAUUUCUUGACAGAAGCUGUCACUACACAGAAGAAACAAUAAAGUAUGGAUAAUCCAGCUAGAGUAAACACGAUGGCAGUCAAGCUUGUGGAGGCCAAUGAUGCACCAGGAGGUGUUCAACUUGUCAAUAGCAGACGCACAAACAAACAUUCCUCCCCAAUGGACCUUGUUGAACUGGCUUCCUCAAUUCAACAGGCUGAUGAAUUUGUGAAAGCUACAGCUGGCAGCAAGUUGACUGUGAUUGCUGAUCAAAUAAAAUAUCUCCAAGAACAGGCUAGGAAGGCACUGAAGGAGGCUCAAAGGGAUAACAUGAUACACCAUGCAGCAUGUAACAUGGUAAAGAAGCCUGGAACAGUGUACUACAUGUACGAAAGGGAAUCAGGCCAGAAGUACAUGUCCAUCCUAUCACCUGAGGAAUGGGGAGCCUCAUGUCCACACGAGUUUGUCGGAGCUUACAAACUUGAAUUUGACAUGUCAUGGACACCUAUUGAAGAAAUGGAAAAACGGACAGAACAGUUUGCCUUGAUAGACCAACUUUUAACAAGUAACCAGAAAUCCAUUUCAGACUCAGCAACUAUUACAGUAUUAGGAGAUGAAAAGUCUGAGAAGUCCUGAUGUUUCUGGAACCUAGCUGUAAUCAUGU